GGUGCCGCCACCGUAGAGGACGGUCGCCAGGAUGUUGGCUUCCAGAGUGUUCAGCCUGGUCGGCAGGAGAUCCAUCUCCACCUCCCUGUGCCUCGGGGCACACGGACACGCGGGCGUGGUGAAGGCGGAGGAGUACACGCUGCCGGUGUACGCGGACCGGCGGGACGUGCCGCUGCCCGAGGUGGCGUUUGUCCGGGAGCUGUCGGCGCAGCAGCGCGCGCUCAAGGAGAAGGAGAAGGCGGCCUGGAGCGCCCUGUCCGUGGAGGAGAAAGUGGAACUGUAUCGGAUAAAAUUCAAUGAGACCUAUGCGGAGAUGAACAAAGGGACAAACGAGUGGAAAACCAUCCUGGGGGGAGUUCUGUUCUUCCUUGGUCUCACUGGAGUCAUCCUCAUCUGGCAGAAGAACUUCAUGUACGGCCCCGUCCCGCACACCUUCACCGACGAGUGGGUGUCAGCUCAGACCAAGAGGAUGUUGGACAUGAGGGUGAACCCCGUGCAGGGCAUCACAGCCCAGUGGGAUUUUGACAAGAACGAAUGGAAGAAAUAAAGCAACUCAGUGGAACCUGCUCUGCUUGAAUAUGAGAUGAUUCCAUCACCCGUGUGUGACCUCGUUGCUUGUUGUACUGGAACACCCUCUCCACCUCCAGAAAUGCUAAUAAAUGUCUGGUUAACUUGA